AAAGAAGGGAUAGAGGCAGGUGAUAUAUACAUGCUGCAGACUGACAAAAGUGUGUUAGAGAAAUAUAGAAAGAGACUGAGUCUAGGGCUAAGUAAGAAGAAAUAUGUAAGAAUAGUCUCAACGUUUACAGGAGAAAAGACUUCCAAGGUCAGAGAGGACAAGCAGGUGAAAAAAAAACGCAGGACUAAAACAGUGAAACCUGUCCAAUAUGGCACUUUUACCCAGGCUAAGCUUUUUCGUCGUCGUACUAUUAAUAUUCAGUUCUUCAUGCUGGGCUGACCUGUUAAGGAGCAGCAGUAGCAGCAGCAGCAGCUCAUCCAGCAGUAGCACAGGGUCAGAAACUACCGCCAACGCUUCUGCUACGACCAUCAUGACACUGCCGGUCGUCACAUGGAAAUGGCACCAUGUGGAAACCCCGUACCUGGUGGCCCUAUGGAUCUUUGUCUGCUGGCUUUGCAAACUUGUGAUACAGAUGAAUACCUGGCUUAAAAGCUUUUUCCCCGAGAGUGGACUCCUGAUCAUCUGUGGUUUUAUUCUGGGUGGUAUCAUCUGGGGUGCAGACAAGGUACAGACAUUUUCACUCACCCCAAGAAACUUUUUCUUCUUCUUACUGCCACAAAUCAUCUUGGACACGGGUUACUUCAUGCCCAACAAGCUUUUCUUCAGCAACCUGGGUGCCAUCCUGGUGCAUGCCGUUAUUGGGACAGUCUGGAAUGCAGCUGCAGUGGGGGUCUCUCUCUGGGGCUGCUAUCUAGGAGGAGCUAUGGGUGACCUCCAGAUCGGAUUGUUACAGUUUCUGCUAUUCGGCAGCUUGCUUGCUGCUGUUGAUCCAGUGGCUGUGAUUGCUGUGUUCGAGGAAGUGCAUGUGAAUGAAGUGCUUUUCAUCUGGGUGUUUGGAGAGUCGCUGCUCAAUGACGGCGUCACAGUGGUGCUGUACAACGUUUUUGAUGCCUUUGUGUCUCUGGGAGGGCCAAAGAUUAAUGCUGGUGAAAUCAUCAAAGGCAUAGUCUCAUUUUUCAUAGUGGCAUUUGGAGGUUCAUUGGUUGGUGUUGCGUAUGCCAUCAUCAUCUCACUGUUGACCAAGUAUACUGGGAAAGUUCAGAUCAUUGAGGCUGGUUUCAUCUUUGUGCUCGGCUAUCUGUCUUACCUCACAGCCGAGAUGCUUUCACUCUCUUCCAUCCUUUCAAUCACUUUCUUCGGUGUUUGUUGCCAGAAAUACGUGAAUGCUAACAUGGAUGAAAAGUCUGUAACUACAGUGCGGUAUGCCAUGAAAGUAUUCGCAAUUGGCUCAGAGACCAUGAUCUUUGUCUUCUUGGGUAUCUCUGCCAUCGAUAAUGUCAUCUGGGUGUGGAAUACUGGCUUCAUUUUCCUUACACUGCUCUUUGCAAUAAUCUACAGAUUUAUAGGCGUCUUUACCUUGACUUGGUGUUUAAACCGGUCUAGACUGGUUCCCAUGGAGAUCAUUGAUCAGAUAGUGAUGAGUUAUGGUGGUCUGCGUGGGGCCGUGGCAUAUGGAUUGGCAGCUUCAUUGGAUGAGACCAGGAUUAAAGAGAAGAACCUGAUGAUCAGCACAACACUCAUUGUGGUGUACUUUACUGUCAUACUUCAGGGUCUCACUAUGAAGCCUUUUGUCCAAUGGCUAAAAGUUAAGAGGGUGAUUCCAUCUGAACUGAAACUUAUUGAGAAAGUGAACAACAGGGCAUGUGAACAUAUUCUGGCAGCAAUGGAGGACAUUACUGGACGCAUAGGAGAUAACUGGUGGACCAGAGGAUGGAAGCGGUUCGAGGGGACGUAUGUCACCUGGUUUUUGAUGAAGCCAGAAGCCAGGAAAAACCAAGACUACCUUUUCAGCAUCUUCCACAAACUUAACCUGGAGGAUGCUGUUAGUUAUGUUACUGAGGGAGAAAAACGAGGAUCUCUGGCUUUCCUGCGCAACAGUGAAGGCACUAAUGUUAAUUUCGAGAAAAAAUUUGGUUUGGAGUUUUCUGGAGUGAUGCCUGACAUCACAUCUGAGUUAGACUAUGGCAGUGACAACGUGCCAGUGACCUCCAUCAUACGGGACACCAUUCCCUCUGUGUCUCUGAACAUUCAUGAGCAAGAUACGAAAGCCGUCAACGAGGACAUCAAUGCCCACCACUUACUGCAGCAACAUCUGUACAGAAGCAGGAAAAAUCACCGCCACAGGUACAGCCGUAGUGACUUCACCAUCAACCAGAGUGAAGAUGAGGUACAGGAGAUCUUCCAGAGAACCAUGAGAAAUCGCCUUGAAUCAUUCAAAUCUGCCAAGAUGGGGGUCUCUCCAGCCAAGAAAAUCACAAAGCAUCCCAAGAAAGAGACAAACCAGAAAAUGUCUAAUUUGAGGGCUCUAGACAAUGCAGCCCAUCCAUAUGGAGAUGAAGAUUUCGAGUUCUCAGAAGUAGACAGUACAUCCAGCACUGAUGGAAGGGCUGCAGGUGGCAAUUCCUCCUUGCGAUUCGCAAAUGGAGGUAUAGAAAAUCCAGCAUUCAUGCCAGACAUGGACGUUCCUCCUCCUCCGUGGUUAACAGAGGCUGAGAACGACACGAGCGUAGCACCUUCUCAAAGGGCACAGCGCCAACUACCAUGGAGUCCCAACAACCUGCGCCGCCUGGCACCUUUGAGGAUCAGUAACCAAUCAACAGACUCCUUUCUGAUGGCAGACGCUCCACCCACAGAGGGAUCACUCGAAGAUCCAUUUGAGGAACCACCUAAAAGGGAUGACUCCCAUCUCUAG